CGUGCUGCUGUCCCGGACGGUCUGUUCCUGCUGCCGCCCUCCGGCCCGGCUGUCACAGGCUCGUCCCCAUGCUCUCUUGGGCUGAGCAGGGGCCAGCGGGGCAGAGAGGCCGGCGCGCCUCGGGGUGCUGACGCAGGGAGGCCGCUGGACCCGUCGCUCCCGGGACCCUCCUGCUCCCCAGCUAGAGGAACCCCGAUACUCUGAUGGAUCUGAGGCCCUGCUCGCUGCUCCUGCUCUGGACUCUGGUGGUUGCCCUCGCUCUCCUGGCCCAGGAGGUGCUGGCCCAGCGUAUUUACACCAACACCUGGGCUGUGCUCGUCCCCGCGGGGCCCCGGGAGGCUGACAGGCUGGCCAGGAAGCAUGGAUUCCUCAACCUGGGCCCGAUCUUUGGCGACUAUUACCAUUUUCGGCACAGCGGUGUGGUGAAGCGUUCCCUUUCACCCCACCAGCCCUGGCACAGCCGUUUGGCCAGGGAACCACAGGUGCAGUGGCUGGAGCAGCAGGUGGCAAAGCGCAGGGCCAAGCGAGACAUUUUCAUGGAGCCCACGGACCCCAAGUUCCCGCAGCAGUGGUACCUGUACAACACGAACCAGCGGGACCUGAAUGUGCGUCAGGCCUGGGAGCAGGGCUACACGGGCAAGGGCAUCGUGGUUUCCAUCCUGGAUGAUGGCAUUGAGAAGAACCACCCUGACCUGGAGAGCAACUAUGAUCCAGGGGCGAGCUUUGAUGUCAAUGACCAAGACCCAGACCCGCAGCCCCGUUACACACAGAUGAAUGACAAUAGACACGGCACGCGCUGCGCCGGGGAAGUUGCUGCCGUGGCAAACAACGGGAUCUGUGGUGUCGGUGUGGCUUACAACGCCAGGAUCGGAGGCGUGCGCAUGCUGGAUGGGGAGGUGACUGAUGCUGUGGAGGCCCAUUCCCUGGGCCUCAAUCCCAACCACAUCCACAUCUACAGUGCCAGCUGGGGCCCCGAGGACGAUGGCAAGACUGUGGAUGGCCCGGCCCGGCUGGCAGAGGAGGCUUUCUUCCGAGGGGUCAGCCAGGGCCGAGGGGGGCUGGGCUCCAUCUUCGUCUGGGCGUCAGGGAACGGGGGCCGUGAGCACGACAGCUGCAACUGUGACGGUUACACCAACAGCAUCUACACGCUGUCCAUCAGCAGCACCACGCAGUACGGUAACGUGCCCUGGUACAGCGAGGCCUGCUCCUCCACCCUCGCCACCACCUACAGCAGCGGCAACCAGAACGAGAAGCAGAUCGUGACAACUGACCUCAGACAGAAGUGCACCGAAUCGCACACAGGCACAUCAGCCUCGGCACCCCUGGCCGCUGGCAUCAUCGCCCUCGCCCUGGAAGCCAACAAGAACCUGACCUGGCGGGACAUGCAGCACCUGGUGGUACAGACGUCGAAGCCGGCUCACCUCAACGCCAAUGACUGGGUCACCAACGGUGUUGGCCGCAAAGUCAGCCACUCCUAUGGCUAUGGCCUGCUGGAUGCCGGGGCCAUGGUGAGCCUGGCGAAGAACUGGACCACGGUGGGACCUCAGAGGAAGUGUGUCAUCGACGUCCUCACGGAGCCGAAGGACAUCGGGAAGCGCCUGGAGGUGAGGCGGAAGGUGGACUCCUGCCUGGGGAAAGCCAACUACAUCAGCCGGCUGGAGCACGCGCAGGCCAGGCUGACGCUGUCCUACAACCGGCGGGGGGACCUGGCCAUCCACCUCAUCAGUCCCAUGGGCACCCGCUCCACCCUCCUGGCCGCCAGGCCCCACGACUUCUCGGCCGACGGCUUCAAUGACUGGGCCUUCAUGACGACGCACUCGUGGGAUGAGGACCCCUCUGGGGAGUGGGUGCUGGAGAUCGAGAACACCAGCGAUGCCAACAACUAUGGCACGCUGACCAAGUUCACGCUGGUGCUGUACGGGACAGCCACCGACUCCCCCAGCCUCUCCAACCAGCUGGAAAGCAGCGGCUGCAAGACCCUGACCUCCAGCCAGGCCUGCGUGGUCUGCGAGGAGGGAUACUACCUGCACCAGAAGAGCUGCCUGAAGCGCUGUCCUCCCGGCUUCGCGCCCGGCAUCCAGAGCACGCACUACAACCUGGAGAACAGCGUGGAGCCCAUCGCGCCCCACCUCUGCCUGCCCUGCCACCCCUCCUGCGCCACCUGCGCGGGGCCCGGCCCAAACCAGUGCCUGACCUGCCCCGCGCACUCCCACUUCAGCAGCCUGGACCUCUCCUGCUCCCACCAGACGCAGAGCAGCCGCGCAUCCCCUGCCCUGGCGGACGGCGAGGGGCUGGCUGAGGCCCCCCCUCCAGGCAACCUGCCUGUCCUUGUCGCCAGCCUGAGCUGUGUCCUCAUCGUUGUCAUCUUCAUCGCAGUCUUCCUGGUGCUGCAGGCGCGCUCAGGCUUUAGCCUGCGGGGCGUGAAGGUCUACGCCCUGGACAGCGGGAUCAUCUCCUACAAGGGGCUCCCCUCUGACAUCUGGCAGGAGGAGGGCCCCUCUGAGUCGGACGGUGAGGAGGACGAGGCCCACAGCGAGAGGACUGCCUUCAUCAGAGACCAAAGUGCCCUUUGAUGAGCCCUCCCGCCCCUCCCUCCUCCCUGCCCAGCACCGUGAGGCCGGGGCAGGCGAGGCCGAGGGGCCCCGGACUCUGCCUCUGUCCCCCUCCUGCACUGCAGCAGCCCGGGGCUCCCCAC